CACGUCGUCCAUCUUCUCGCAGUCAAGCCUGGCGCUCUUGACUCCCAGCUCAAAGCUCAUUUUCUUAAGAGCAGAACCAUCUUUGAGGACGCAACGGCCGUCGAUGUAAAACGACAAUGCUUGGCAUUUGGGUGUCGUGGCACAUUGGUGAUGACACUCAGCGAAAGAAGAAACAAGCCUGAGGAGAAGAAGAAACGACGACGGAUGGAGGGAGGUGGAGGCCUACUUAAGGCGCACACCCUGCUUCCGCGACGUCGUUUGCUUCGCCUUCACCGAUGACCACGUCACUCAACACCCUGCACUGGUACAUAUCUGAAUGACGACACACCAGAUAUGCAAAGGACAGAUAGCCCCCUUCCUCUGGAGUCUGCUCACGUGGGCAGUUUGUCCCGCGCAAAAAAAAGCCUGCCUCACACAGCUCACAAACCUCUCGUCCGUUGGCCGCCUUCCCACACUUCUCGCAGUGCUUCUGCUUCGUUGAGCAUCGCCCUUCUUCCAGCACUCUGUCUGUAAUGGGGCGGGCCCGAAUGUUGUCUGAAGCCGCCAGCGCUGCUACUGCCAGCAUCAGAAGGGUUGGUCGGAACGCCAUGGAGCAAAGCGUGUAUGACAU